AUGAAAAUGUUGUGCUUCGGCAGCCUUUUCGUCAGUUUCUUUGUUGCACGCACGGUUGGUGUUACUGUGACCGCCUCUGUUACCACAGAUGGCAACAUUGUGUUGCCGUUGAUUCGAAGUCAAAACAAGGUUUUGGCCACCUCUGCACAGGAUUCGUGCAAAAAUGGCGACUUGUGUUUGGAGAACAAAUGCACGGAUCGCAUCUUUUUGACCGCUCAGUGCAUGGCUACAUCCCAGGACGUGGACGUUUGUCCUGGAUCGAAAGUAUGUGUGGACAAAUCAACAAAAGACACUGACGGGAAUCUGCUGGUGCGAUUCCAGUGCUGUUGCCCCUCCUGUCAGAGCGAGAGCGCGGACAGCGCCGAGUGA